AUGUGCGCGGCCACACAACAUAUCGAUCCACGCAACCGCAGAACAGUUGUCUACACAGACGAAUGCUUUGUUCAUCAUCACUACAACAAAAAUGACAUUUCCCUGCAUGACCCUACCGACGAGUUGGAUAUUCAGCCAAAGGCCAAGCAAAAAGGCAAGCGCUACUGCUUCAUUGGAGCAAUCGUUGAUGGCGGCGAGGAAAAUUCAAUCUUCAUUGCCUAUGACAAGUUCGUUGGUGCCGGGCGCAAACAAACCAAGGACUACCACGGCAUGUUUAAUCACGAGUAUUACCUCACGUGGUUCCAGCGAUUGCUAGAUGAACUGGCAGCACGCAAUCUACAAAACACAAUUAUUGUGAUGGACAACGCAGCUUACCACAAAUGCCGUCCCGGUGACACGCCGGCAUUCCGAUCGCGGAAGGUCGAAUUACAGAUAGCUUGUGAUCGAUUCGGCCUGGAUUGGACACCAUCGGAAAUGAAGUCGGUGCUAUGGGCCAAAAUCAAACCGUUUGUGGACGGGAUCAAACCGGUGACAGUUGUCAUGGCUGAAGCUGCCGGACACGAAGUGUACUUCAGCCCUCGACAUCAUUCCAACUUGCAGCCUAUCGAGGUUGUGUGGGCUAUCAUAAAAGGAAACGUCGGAAGACAGUACCAAGACGAUACAACAUUUCAGGAAGUUGGCCAGCGGUUGGAUGCAGCGUGCGUCAACUUGACGUCGCACUCUAUCUUUGGUUGCAUUCGAAAGGCCGAGUACGACCUGUUAGAUCUACAUAGACAUGUGUCAAUCAUUGACGACGACAACUACCAAGGGGACAAUGAAGUGGCAGGCGACGGAUCGGAGGGUACCGAGUCCAGUUCGGCUUCUCAAGACUCAGCGAACGACGCUGGAUUUUAG